AUGACUAAUACCAACCGACCACACACGGAACCCCUCCAUAUGAUAGGGAGGGAGAAGGAAGCAUCAUUAUUACGGUCCUGUGUGGAAGGUUUACUGUCAGGGAACGCACGAUGGAAACUGAAGAGCACCAGUUCGAGAGACCUGAAUGGUACACUCUCAGAUUUUGAGGUUAAUAAGGAAUUGGUGAUGAUUCAAGGCGAUAGUGGUGUGGGGAAGACAUUUCUUGCCAGAAGGCUUGGAAAGGAAGUGGACGAUCUGGAGAAUGGAGUGUUUGUUGAGGGAAAAUCAAGCAUAGGCGGAACCCACAAACCAUACAGCACCAUUGGCGCAGCUAUCAAUGAGAUAUGUCGGAGACUGAAAAGCAAUGCUCCAAACGUUGCAAGCAUAUCAGAGGCUAUAUCAAAGAGACUAGGAAAAGAAGUGGAAGUCCUAUUCCCCAUCAUUCCGCAGCUGAAAAGUUUCGUUUCAUAUUCACCUGAAGCUGAUGAUGUAUCAUUAUCUGAAUCAUCAGCCAUGAUGAGUCAAAGCGGCAACGAUGGUAUCGACUUUUUGCAUAUCAAAAGGAGGAUAAAAUAUGCUCUCCGGGUUGUUAUUCGUGCACUAAAUGCGUGCUGUGAGCCCUUGGUAAUUCUCUUGGAUGACCUGCAAUGGGCAGAUAUUGCAUCUUUGGAAACUGCUGCAAACAUUCUGACGGAUAUCGAAAAUACACACCCAAUGGUGGUGGUUGCAUGCUAUCGUUCCAAUGAAGUUAUUGAGAAAAGCAAGCGAUGGGAGAAGGUUGAUUCAAUAAUACGGAGAGCCAGUUCGGCGGCGACAUGUCACUUGUCGGCGAUUCACUUGGCAGAUUUCCGGAUUAACGAAGCAAGAGCAAUGCUAGCUGUUCAUGAUGAUAAAGCAACGGAGGAAUUUGCCGAAAAAUGUUUCAGUCAGACAUCAGGUAAUCCUUUAUUUCUGAGGGAGUUUAUGAAUGCGGCCAAGCGAGAUGAGCUACUUGAGAUGAUUGAGCAUGCUAACGAGCCGAUCAACAGUGUCGUGAAAUUGCACAAUCUGAAGAUGUCGAGGUUGCCUGAGAGCAUGCAAUUACUUCUUCAGUAUUCUGCUGGCAUGGGUUCGUCAUUUCGUAUCGAUCAUUUAGCCACCAUCUGGGAAAAGCACGGCGCGGUUGAUUCAGAAUCAGGGUCCAUGAUGGAAAUUGUUCGUUUUCUGGAAGACGAACUCUUUAUCGAAAGCUGCGGUGUUGAUGAAUACAAAUGGGUCCACGACACAAUUCAAGAGGCAGCACUAUCAAUAGAAGGAGAAUCGAAUGCUAUGUUCCAGUUUGAAAUUGGAAUGACACUCUAUCACGCCAUGGAGGCAGACGAGCUUGAAUCGAAACUCUUUGAUGUGGCAGACCUGAUCAAUACGGGGCGCAAUUCCCACAGAGCCGAAUUUGCAGCCUUGAAUCUGCGAGCAGCAGAACAGGCGUAUAGGUUAGCAGCUUUCUACAGUGCGCACCAAUACGCCAAAAAUGGAAUCGAGCAGCUCCCACAUGAUUCUUGGACAUCGAAACGGGAGUUAUCAAUGAAAUUAUUCACAAUUGCUGCCAAAAUCGACCUCGCCCUCGGUGACGAUGAAGGCGCUCAAAGACACAGUGGUAAAGUGCUCAAUCAAUCCAAUCUCUCGAUAAUACAAUCACUGUCACUACGGAUUGCAAUGAUCCGGAAACUCGCUCACACGGAUAUGAAAUACGAGGAUGCAAUCGGUGUCUGCCUAGUUUUGCUGGACGAGUUUCAAUACAAAUUUGUACAAAAUCAAACACUCGCCCCAUUCCAAGCCAUCAAAACACUGUACAAAACAAUCAAGACGGUAAAGAGCGGAAAUUACUUGUCCAACCUUGGAAUGAUGAAAGAUCGAAAGAAGUUGUCAGUGGCCCGAAUACUGGCUCAGAUCUCAUAUGUAUGCUCGCUAUCCGAUAAUGACAACUUGGAACUGCUGAGCAUGUGUCAUAUUGUGGAGUUGACAACAAAGCAUGGUUACUUUGAAUACUCGGGGAAGGCAUUUGCCGCACUGGGAAAUGCAUCGGUCGGAUUGUUGAAUGCGGAUACCGACUCCUUGGCUGACGGAGCUUUGUCGAUGAGACUCUUGAAUUUAGACUACCAAGUGGCGGCAAGAUUUUCAGAAAUUGCCUUGGAGUUGCAGAAAAAGAGCGGAACAUCACUGAAAGCGCAGACUCUCUUUGAUACAAAUGCCAUGUGUCUGACAUUUUCGAAGCCAAUCCAAUUUCUCAUCGAACCAAUGAUGGAAGCCCACGACGCUGCCAUGCGCAUUGGUGAUACGAAUGCUGGGCUUUCUUGUUUAAGCUGCUAUCAUAUUUGGAUGCCAUAUAUGAUGGGGAAACCCCUCCGCCGUAUCAUUCAACACUUUCCAAAGCUGAUACACCAAGCAGAAGAAUUGGGUACGAGAAUUGCAGUCAUGCUGAAGAUGCAUUGGCAGAUGAUGGUGAACUUGACAAAGAAAUCAGAUGGAAAGCUGGAAGGAAGAAUGUUCAGCAGCACAAAUUUCAAGGGAUCGAAUUCAGAAUAUCUUGCAACUAUUCACUUUGCCGAGGGCGAACUCUUGGCUUUUUCCAAUCUGGAUGCUUUGUCGACCGCUCGAGCGCUAGAAUCCGAAGACAAGUACACCAAACUAUACCCAGCCAACUUUUUGGGAAUGAUCGAAACCUUUCAUAGAGGAGUUGCACUGUACGCCAUGGCACGGAAGACCAAGAAGAAACGAUUCAAAGCCGCUGGUACGAAAAUUCGCAAACAAGUCCAGGCUUGGACGGAGGCAGGUAACGCAAGUAUCACGCACUAUCAGCUGUUACUGAAUGCGGAACAUGUCUCCCUAGACGACAGGAAUGACGAAGCUCGAAAAUUGUAUUUGGAUGCCAUUACAUUCGCAGCGCGUACGGGCCAACUUCACCAUGCAGCUUUGUGCAAUGAACGGUAUGCUGAUUUCUUGACGCAUCAUUCGCCCGAUGAAGAGGAGGCCAAAUACCGACUUUCGGAGGCGAUUCGUUACUACAAGGAAUGGGGUGCUAUGGGAAAGGCUGAACUGUUAGAGAAGAUGUUGUAA